AAAAAAAAUAGGAGAAAUCAAUAGUGUAAAACAUCUCUCUCUACCAUCUCUUCUUCGUCGUGCUUCCUCGGUUACAUCGUCAAACUGCAUUUUCAUCCUAUCUCAACAAUGGCGUCAUUGUCGGUUCCUUACGCCAAGAUCUCUGCUCCUAACCGGCGGGUCGAAUCUAUUCCUGGGAUCCGAAGGCAGCCUCAACCCAGUGGGAUCUCUUUUCACGUCUCCCAUGUAUCUCAGACUCAAUCUACAAUCUGGAGGUUGCGUGCCACAACCAAUGAGGUUGUGUCUAAUUCUACACCAGUGACUAACGGUGGAUGUUUGAACGGAAACGUCAAGACCAAUGUUCCUCCUGAACCCGCCGCCGAGCUCUCUGACUUUAUGUCUAAAGUCUCUGGUCUUCUUAAGCUUGUGGAUUCAAGAGAUAUAGUGGAACUUGAGUUGAAGCAGCUCGACUGUGAGAUUGUUAUUCGGAAGAAGGAAGCCUUACCGCAGCAACCAGCUCCAGUUUAUCACUCGAUGAUGCCUCCUCCUCCAAUGGCAGGCCUUCCAAUGCCUCCAUCUCCACCAGUGUCUCCUCCUGCUCCCUCCUCAGCGAAUACAGCAACCGCACCAUCCUCUUCUCAUUCUCCACUGAAGAGUCCUAUGGCUGGUACUUUCUACAGGUCUCCUGGACCCGGUGAACCUCCUUUUGUCAAGGUCGGAGAUAAAGUGCAGAAGGGUCAAGUUGUUUGCAUUAUCGAAGCUAUGAAACUGAUGAAUGAGAUUGAGGCUGAGAAGUCAGGAACCAUCACUGAAUUACUGGCUGAAGAUGGAAAACCCGUCAGCGUUGAUACGCCUCUGUUUACCAUCGUUCCUUGAAAUGAAGAAGCUGUCAUUUUGAGCUGCUUCAGAACAUCAUCAAACUCCUGCUUAUACCGACGUGCUGACAAUCGUUAAAAGUAAUCAUCUCGGUCAGGUUGGUUCGGGUUCGGCUAUUUAUAUUUUUUUUUUUUCUCUCAACUUUCUGAACUCACUUUCUUUUGAGAAUCAGGUAACAUAUCAGUUAUGCAUGUCUUUCGAACAAAUCAGACAAAUUAAUAGUAUGCUGUACUAUGAAUUUGCCUAUUAGGUGAGAAAAAUGUCUGUCUGUCCAUUAAAAGCUCGAUCAAUUAUGGGAUAUCCCAUCUAUUAAUA